GGGCGAACUCGUAGGCGGCUACAUUGCCAACAGCCUCGCCGUGAUGACAGACGCACUGCACAUGCUGACGGACCUCAGCGCCAUCGUCCUCACACUGCUCGCUCUGUGGCUGUCCUCCAAGUCUCCAACAAGAAGAUUCACCUUUGGAUUCCAUCGUUUAGAGGUGCUGUCGGCGAUGAUCAGCGUGCUGCUGGUGUACAUCCUGAUGGCGUUCCUCCUGUAUGAAGCCGUGCAGAGAACGCUCCACAUGAAUUAUGAAAUAAAUGGAGACAUCAUGAUCAUCACUGCCGCUGUGGGAGUUGCAGUGAAUCUCAUAAUGGGGCUUCUGCUGAACCAGUCUGGCCACCAUUCCCACUCCCACUCCCCGGUCUCCAGCUCUCUGAGCCCCAGUCCUGGGGACCCCCGGUCGGGGCACGACAGCCUGGCAGUGCGAGCCGCCUUUGUGCAUGCCCUGGGGGACCUGGUGCAGAGCAUCGGUGUCCUCAUCGCCGCCUACAUCAUACGAUUCAAGCCGGAAUACAAGAUUGCAGACCCCAUCUGUACGUACAUAUUCUCCUUACUUAUGGCUUUCACAACAUUCCGCAUCAUCUGGGACACAGUAGUUAUAAUACUAGAAGGUGUGCCGAGCCAUUUGAAUGUAGACCGCAUCAGAGAAGCUCUGAUGAAGAUAGAUGAUGUCUACUCAGUGGAAGAUUUGAAUAUCUGGUCUCUCACGUCAGGAAAGUCCACCGCCAUAGUUCACAUGCAGCUAAUUCCCGGAAGUUCAUCUAAAUGGGAGGAAGUGCAGUCAAAAGCAAAGCAUCUGUUGUUGAACACGUUCGGCAUGUAUAAGUGCACUAUUCAGCUUCAGAGUUACAGGCAGGAAGUGAACAGAACUUGUGUGAACUGUCAGAGUUCUAGUCCCUGAUUCUGUGUGUCUGGGGGCUGCGGCCUUAUGUGCCCCACAGUCACAGACUCGAGAGCAAUAAAUAAAUGCACCGGAGGAGAGAGUGGGAGCUGUGUCUGUGUGAAGCACCAGUCCCAGAACAUUCGCUCCAGCCUGCCAGUUUGUGUCUGUGUCAUUUUCAGAUGAAGAUGUUUCCAAAAUGCUGUUUACAGAGAGACACAACUCUACAGAUACCUCACAGAAGAUCGUCCAUUCAUUUUGACAGUUGCUGUGUUAAAGGAAGCAUCAGAAUUCAGUAUUUAAUUUACAUUUUACAGUACUUUUUAAAGGCCAUUUUAUAUCAAGCCAGUGCUAGUAAACUGAGUUGUUUUUUAAGAUUAUGUAAUCUUGACAUCCAGCUUCUGAAUUGCUCUUUUUACAGAAAUUUUCUCAGCCAAUUUCAGACAGUACCGGUAAUUAUGCAGAGUAGAGCAUGUAUUCAUUCCUAAGUGUUUCAGAAAAGUUUCACUUCACAAAUAAGUCUGUUAUUGUCAAAGUUACACUUCAUAAACAACUUUUUCCAGAUAUUACUGAGUUUUGAAUCUCAGAGUUGACCAUUUUGAUUAUCUGUAGGUUUAUCAGAACCCAAUCUUUACAUGUUGUGAUCACUGUCAUUAAAUUCUUUAGGUAAUAUUUUCAGUAUAAUUCUGAACAGCAGAAAUUAAUUUUAAAUUCAAAUUACCAUACAGUUAUUUAAAACAAAAUAAAGUAGUGAGAGUGCGAUGUGGAGUUUCAGACUUACAUUUUUCCCAAGUCACUUUUACUGUGUGUAAAAUUAUCUUGCAAUGGCAAGAGACUGCAGAAUGGAAGCCGUGGUCACCCCUUUCAGAACUGCCGGCGCAUGUACAGAUUGCUCAGGAGCUUGUUCCCACACACCAGGUCAUCUGUAUGCUUUGCAGGUGGCUCUCGAGGGCUGCAGUCCUUACCGUCAUCCCCACAGUAAGUCUCCCAGGACGAUGGCCCACACUGUUUAGAUACGGGUGAGGGAUUCUCCGUGGACUCCACAACCCCAGAGGAUUGGUAAAAGAUAACUGCUUUAAGAAAACAAAUGGUAAAAUGGUUUUAGUGUGUGUGUGUGCGCGUGUGUGUGUGUAAGCCCCGGGAGGAACAGGCCUUGCACCUGUGUUAUAGGGAGGCAGCUCUGACAUUUCCAGUGAAAUCACCAUGGUGUGAAUAUCCGUGUUGCAUUUCACAGCCACUGGUUCCCAGGUUGUCCUUGGGUACUCAGCAGUCCCUCUCCAAUGGGGCUGCUUUCUUAUCGGAAAAACUGAUAGUUAGCUCCUCAGAGAAUCAGAGUAACAACAACCCGGGAAAGUUGUGAAUUGAAAUCCUUGAGAGGCAUGCGGCUAACUAACUCACUUUCUGAGCUUGUUUCUUGUGCACUUUCCUCUGUCUUACAUAGAUAUAAGGUAGGUGCUUUUCCUGUCCGCCUGCUUCUUAGAAAGUUAUUGGAUAAGCUGGGCAUGGUGGUGCAUGCAUAAAAUCCUAGCACUCAAGAGUUUGAGGAAGAUCGCUGGAG